GCAGCAGUGUGAAAAAGUAGACGCAACGAAAGUCUUCUCGCACAAAACAGCAGCCUGCAAAAUGUCUUGCUUUUUGGAACAACAAAGCCCCAUCAUUGCUCCGAGCAAACUGGUUGUCUUGAUCAGAAAAAUAUAAUCUGUGCUUUGCCUGCUCUUAUCCGGUCCGGUUGCGAUUGAUAAUAGUGAAUUUAGUUAGUGCAAUAAACCAACCAUUAGUGGAUUAAGAUUGGGCUUGCAAUUAUCAUUGCCCGAGUGCAGUGUUUCGUAUUACAUUUUGAGGUCCAGCUAGCCGGUGCCGUCCGUUGCAGAAAGUGUGCUUCUGUGCAGUGGCAGAGAUUGGAUUGGCGAGAAAUUAAUCCAGGUUAAAUGGUGGAUAAGUUUGCGGAAUCGGAGUCAGUGAGUGGAUAGUGUGAGUGAGCAACAACCAGCAACAACUACCCCCUCGGAAUAGUUCCACCAAAUAGCGAAGAAAGUAUCACAGGCUAGUUCAGCCAUAGUGCACCUUCAGUGAGUUGAGCGUGGCCAACGCUGUAAGGAAAAAGUGAUCACAAUGAUGGUGAUGAUGCUGCUGCUGCAAUGCUAAUGGCAAUGAUGGAAGAUAAGAUUGCUUUUGCAAGUGUGACGAAUUAGUGACAGUGUUGGGCGUGGAAGAGUGCACGAAUAAUAGAGCACCUGCGGAGCGGAAUUCGACAGUGUGCGGCGUUCGUUGUGGCUGGUGUACUGAUAGAACCGAUAUACGGAUGAUCACCUUGAUGAGGCUGUUUCAGGACAGAGUAUAUUAGAACAACUAGAGCAUUGAGAUUGUUAGUUGGCAUUACUGUGAAUCUAAUUAUCCCACGAGGCAUCAAACCCAAACGAGGAAUUCCGGAAAAAGUAAACAUAGUGAUUUGUCUACCCGGAAUCAUUGCAACAACUCCCGAUAACAGCCUAAAAGGUUUAUUUAGCUUUUCUUCUUUGGAGAAAGUUACAUCUCAUUCGUACUUUUACGAAACACAUGAUUACAUCAUCGUGUCCGCUGAAGCAGCUCCGUAAUAUACUCACAUCUACUUUAAAAACAAAACAAACAAAUCCGCUGUCUAGGCCAUAACGGAUCCAGUGCCAAAUUUUACCGUUUAAGAUUCAACCAUUAAAGAAAAAAGUAAAACUAACAUAUUUUAGGAUCCUUUAAGUCACAACCACAAGAUACUAGUCAUAACAAUUUAUAGAAAGGAAAUCUCGGCGCAAAAAGUGUAAGCUCUAAAGAUAUAUUUUGAUAUUACUCACGACGGCGGUUAGGUUUUUGCAAUUUUAUCGGUAUCGACACUGAACAUUUAGAAAGCCAAGAUAAAGAAUCAUAGCGAAGAUAAGCUCAUGUUCGGACUAAAUUGUUUGUAUAUAUCAGUAGUACGCGAUAACGCUUUGUAGACUCGAAACCGAAUGAGUAUGCUCCGGUGGUGAUUAUCUUCGAAUCAUGCUGCAGUCCCAUUCAGGCUGACGUAUAAAGUGUGCGUGAACAAAAACUUACCAAGCAGACCAACAUGGGCAAUAAGAAUUCGUGCUGCUCGUAUUCGAGCCCUCCGCCGACACGCAAAACUAAGGAUGUACCGGUGUUUGAGGAACAUCUUCCGGAAGGUGAACUCUCGACAAACAACCUGCAGCACAUCUCCGAGCGGGAGGGUGACGAUGGAGAACACGAUCCAUCGGUGGACCCGUCGGCGGGCACAAUGUUCCUGGAGCGCUCAAAGCAAAGCUUAGAAAAUGGGAUGACUAGGAAAAAAUCCCAACAUCAAAUUGCACCCCAAGGUGGAACGGUGUUAAAGAAGAGCAGCUCGUGCUCGACAAUUUAUUUAGACGAUUCGACUGUGUCUCAGCCGAACCUCAAGAAUACGGUCAAAUGUGUUUCACUAGCAAUCUAUUACCAUAUUAAAACUCGCACCAGUGAACGGAGGAUAGACAUCUUUGACGAAAAACUGCACCCGCUGACUCGAGAUCCGGUGCCAGAUGAUUAUGAUCUACACAAUCCAGAGCAUCGACAAAUCUACAAAUUCGUUCGGACACUAUUCAAUGCCGCUCAACUAACAGCGGAAUGUGCCAUCAUCACCUUGAUUUACCUGGAACGGUUACUAACGUACGCCGAGCUGGAUAUCGGCCCGUACAAUUGGAAACGGAUAGUUCUCGGUGCAAUCCUGCUUGCUUCCAAGGUGUGGGACGACCAAGCAGUCUGGAACGUUGACUACUGUCAGAUUCUGAAGGACAUCACCGUGGAGGAUAUGAACGAGCUCGAAAGGCAAUUUCUCGAACUGCUCCAGUUCAACAUCAACGUGCCGUCCUCCGUGUACGCCAAGUAUUACUUCGAUCUGCGAACGCUAGCCGAAGCCAACGAUCUAUCAUUCCCCACGGAACCGCUGUCGAAGGAAAGGGCACAGAAGCUGGAAGCCAUGUCGCGGGUGAUGCAGGACAAGGCGACGGCUGAGGCGCUGAAGAACGGGAUGAAGAAAUGGUCCUCCAUCGACAACAUCCACCAGCAGGGCAACGUGCGGCGAAGCGUUGCCAUUCUGUCGUGAUUCCGCUGGGAGGUGACGGCGAAAGGUGGUGCUUGCGUGUGUGGUAUUAGGUUUACUAGUUCCCUGUUUGGACAGCCUCUAGUUGUUGGGGCACGUGUUUGUGUUAGGAUUGUACCAGUAGGCGUUUGCGGAAUAGGAAUUCCGAUAGCAUGAUAGCGCUAAUCUGUGUGUUUUGUUUGUAUGCAACGGAGAGUAGUAGCGAAAGCGAUUUUUAAUCGAAGUAAAACCACGUUGGAGAGGAAAUCUUGUUUGUAUUUCGUAUGUAUUUAUAUGAAAUCAUAUUGCUAGAUAAGGUUUAUCCAGGUGAGUUGUUCUAUAUGAAUCAUUUCUCGAAAGUUUUUUAUUAUUUAUGUAGGGUAAUUUCUAAAAAGAAAUAAGGUUUGAUACGAGUCUUGAUUAAGCAAAUAAAUAAAAGAUCUAUUUGGGUGGCAA